CACACACACACACACACACACACACACACACACACACACACAGAUUUAUGUCAUAGCACACAUACAACAUGUUUAUGCACUUAACAAUCAUGGCCAAGCUUUUACACAUCCACACACAAACUGGAGCACACUCACACACAAACAUGCACAUGCACUCGAGUGUGUUUGUGUGUAAACACAGUAGAGAGACUGUGGAAGAAGGAGAAGAAUCAGCCGAGGACCGAGACAAGUUGCAUUUAUCUUCUGCAUGCUAGGCUGCUGCGUGUGUGUGUGGGUGUGUUAGUCCCCUUGGAUGAGCACACACGGCUGAGGAUGCUGCUGGGAGCAUGAGUUCUGACCGAGAGGAGUAUGACAUGGUCUGUCAGAAAGCUGUGACCCUAAUUGUUGACCUUUGCCUUCACAACAGCACACUGUUGGAUCAGGACACCUGUCAGGAUUACCUCUUCCUGUUGUCCAGCCAGACCUCUGACCGCAAAGAACCGGACGCUACUUUUGGCCUCCUGCUCGGUGUGUUUGUGGUCUGUGGCCUGGCUCUGCUGGGCCUUCUUACAUUCGUCUCUUGGAGGCUGUGCUGUGUGCCUUGGCGGACUAAGGCCCAUUUCCCCAGCCCACCCCUCAGCCCGGCCUGUGGCCCAGAGCGCUGCCCGCUCCAGCCGCAUCCCCCGCUGCCCAACCCCCAGCAGCCACUGGUCACCAUGGCGACAGAGAAGGUGAAGGACCCCAUGGGCUCGAUGGGUUUCCUGGAGGCAGCAGUGAAGAUAAGCCGUACAUCCCCUGACAUCCCCACUGAUGUGCAGCUCUCCAUGAGGGAGCACUUCCUGCGCCGCACGCAACGCAUGCAGAGGCAGACCACUGAGCCAGCUUCCUCCACUCGGCACAAUUCAUUCAAAAGACACCUGCCCAGGCAGAUGCAGGUAGGCAGCCUAGACCUGGGAAAUGACUAUGUGGUGGACGAAACGCCCACCAGCAUCGGCCGCAUCCAGCCAGAGCUUUACCAACAGAAGACCCUGGAAUCAGAAGAGUCAUCCAAGAACGGCAGCAGCAAAAACUGUGGCUCGAUUAACUUCUCGCUCAAGUACGACUAUGAAAAUGAGGCCCUCCUAGUCAACAUCAUCAAGGCAGUAGACCUACCUGCCAAGGACUUAUGUGGCACGUCUGACCCUUAUGUGAAGGUCUACCUUUUGCCCGACCGCAAGAAGUUCCAGACUCGCGUCCACAGGAAGACACUCAACCCCACAUUCAGUGAGAGCUUCCAGUUUCCCGUGCCUUACGAUGAGCUGGCGGUCAGAAAGCUUCAUAUGAGCGUCUUUGACUUUGACCGGUUUUCACGACACGAUAUGAUCGGGGAGGUGGUGCUGGACAACUUGUUCGAGACGUCAGACCUCUCCAGGGAGACGAACAUAUGGAGGGACAUCCAAUAUGCCACCAGUGAAAGUGUUGACCUUGGGGAGAUCAUGUUUUCACUAUGCUACCUGCCCACCGCAGGCAGACUCACACUUACUGUCAUCAAGUGCAGGAACCUCAAGGCCAUGGACAUCACUGGAUACUCAGAUCCCUACGUCAAAGUUUCGCUCAUAUGUGACGGGCGACGUUUGAAAAAGAAGAAGACAAGCAUAAAAAAGAACACCCUGAAUCCCUCCUACAACGAGGCCAUCAUCUUUGACAUCCCGCCAGACAGUAUGGACCAUGUCAGCCUGCACAUCUCUGUCAUGGACUACGAUUUGGUAGGUCAUAAUGAGAUCAUUGGUGUGAUGAGGGUUGGGUGCAAUGCCGAGGGACUUGGCAGGGACCACUGGAACGAAAUGCUGGCAUAUCCACGCAAGCCCAUUGCACACUGGCACCCCCUGCUGGAGUCCAAGAAAUCUGAGAAAGAGUGGAAGGCGAGGACAGCUAGCUUUGACAGCCAAGGCUCCUGCCCCUCACCCAGGCCCCCUGCUAGUCCCUGAGCAGAGCCACCUGUGACCCAGCAGCCCAGAAGGGGGUUUCCUCCCUCCUGCUGAUCCACUUCCUGUCUGUCUGAUUGAGGAGAAACACAACCCCACUGUCUCCCCCUCUCUCUCCCUCUCCCUCUCUCUCUCUCUCACUCUCUAUCCCUCCCUUCCUCAAGUCUAGUCCCAGAGCACUCCCAAGAACUGAUCUAGGACCACCGUCAGUCAGUUAGUUGUGUGAAGCGCAGUCUUUUCGGGUUAAAGUUUUAGGGGUAACUGAUUUGAAAUGUGGGUGUUGUGAUGACCCUCGUUGUCCUGAGAAGAGAUUGGCUGGACAUCCAAUCUGCAGACAUUUAAUAUUGAGCUGUCCAAGCUGAGGUGAAGGGAUCUCGGCGUCUUCAAAGGAGACUUUCCAAGCGCUGAAGAUUCAGCUUUGUGCUGCAGAGACUCUUUGAUGGUAGAACGAAGAUUUCGCUCCCUGAGAGCAGCGGAAGUUGCAGAGAGGGAAGCUGAGGACACGGCCGGGGUAGAAAAAGAGACGAUCUUAAACGGGAUCUGAAUCAAUUUCAGAACUCUACGGCUCUCUCUCAUUGAAUUUCACAGUGCUGUAUUAGCAUAAAUACAUACGAUACUGAACUGUAGCAUUUUGGAACUAUUAGAUGUAAAAACCGCUCCAUUAGUCGUUAUUGUUUGUGAAUAGCAAAACUGAAAUGAGUUUCAAAGAUCCGACUGAGUUCGCUGUACUUCCAGUUUCAUCAAAAACAGAAGCAAUUAUUUGAGAAGUUGGAUCAGGCAGAAACUAAAAAUAUUCUCAACUUGGCAAUUUGCAGCUUUAGUGUGUUUUCACAAGCAGCAAAGACAAGAAGUUUUAUGUAACAAAGAAGAAGAACUAACAGGAUUAUUGGUAUUCACAUGAGAGCAAAUUGGCUGCAGUGUCAUUACUAAAAGAAAAACAUUUUUUUUUUCAAUCUUUUGUCAAUUUUCAAAACAAGAAGUAGAAGGUUAAAUUACCUGACAAAGGCACAAACAAGCGUAACGACUAACGACAAAAAGACAACCGAAAAAGAAAAGAUUUUUACAUAGACAAUGAAAAAAAAACAUAAUUUUGACAGAAACAAGCUUUUUGUCAAGGGAGCUCUGGAGGUUUCUGUAAACAGGGAAAUUGUAAGCACACUUUACACACCCUUACCUCCUUCUCUGUUUGAUGUUUGCUUCUGAGCAAUGUCACCCUCUCUUCCAAACGAAAACUCACACAAACACUCAUGUUUUCCUUCCGACAAACACUCUUCAAAAGCACUUCUUUGUCUCCUCUUGUUCUUUUUCUGAAGAGGUUUUGGUGGAUGUGUAUAGUUUCAUGUAAAGCCGUCAGCCAGUUACCGUAUGUAUGUUUUGUUUUUCUGAACAGAAAACCAGAAAAGAUACAAUGAUAGGUAUAGAUAAAAAAAUAAUAACUUACAUUUUGAAUAUAUGUAGCCUUGUUGGUGGUGAUGAUUGAGAAAAACCUAAACUCUGAAAAAGGUGAACAUAUUUGUCUUUUGAACUUAGAAACAUGCAACUUUCUUGAUGUUUAUCCUGUCAUUAAUCAUACUGUUGUACAGGGAUAACGUGUAUUUGAACUUGCCAUUCAGAUGCUUGCUCUGCAACAUGUGAUAAAUGGAUUAUCUUUGAAGAUAUUUGAUGUGAUUAAGAAAAAGACUGCAGCACUGCUGUUAUAUCAGUUUUCUUUUUCGUUUUUGUCAGAUAAAAGAUGCACAAAAUUCCACUUAAGGCCUAGAUGACUGUCCUAUAGUGGAUUUUGUAAUUGUUCAGGUAAAAAACACUAUUAUAUCUAUAGCUUUCAAUUAAAAAAAAUAUACGUAAUGAAGGUUCCGUAUAGCUUGUGGUGAGAAUAAAACUUAAUAAUUUGGUUUAUAUUAACAUUGUUUUCCUCCGGUUUACAGUCGUAGUAGUUUUGCCACUACUGGAUGUGGUUUUCCAAGCAUUGAGGCGCGCACACACUCGGGGUAGGAGAGGGGAUUAAUGACUUGACAGCUUAUGGAAAGGAGGUUUUGUGCCAUGAAAGGCACAAGUCACAAAUGUAAUGUGUGGAAAAUGUUCUAUAUCCCAAGAAGGAAACCUUCCAUCAGCUCAGAGUGCAUAAUUAGCUGUAAGCAUCUUGCGUUCUGGUCCGAGCAAUGGAUGUUAAAAAGGUGGUGGAUAGUUUUGCACAGGAACUGGUGUGGAAGAAACUCAGACAGAUUUAAAAUCAAAGGUAAUAAAAAUAUCCACAAAAGAAAAUGCAAAUAAUUAUGCGUUUCCAUUCAGUACCCUUAUGCGAAUGUUCGACGUUGGGUCCGUUGAGAUAAACAGUUGGUUGCGCUAAUUCCGCAUUCGGGUGCUAUAAAUCAUUCAGAAGAGAGCACAACAACACAACGUAACUAUAAGAGUGCCAGUCAAACCUCAAAAGGUAGAAAGCCAUGUAUUCAUUAGAGGAACUUUACAGUUUUAUUUUCACAGAUCUGAUGUUUUAUCUGUCACAAUUUUCAUCUCCUCAGGGGAGUGAAGUCACAUCCUUGUUGUACGUCGUAACUGCUAAGUCAGUUUCCAUCACACUUUGUUGCACUUUGCUUUCAUCAAUACGCCAACUUUUACACCCCAACCAAGCAUAAUGUUUUUAAACGAUAAUUCAUGUUGUGUUUUUUUGACAUUUGAUGGCCAUUCCUCACUUGCAAGAGCUAAUUUAAUAUCAUUUGGUUUUGCGAUAAUAUGACUGACCGAGUUAUCUGAAGUAUCCUCAGUUUUUUUGCAAACAGGAAACACGUCAUGCUUUUGAUUAAAAAUAUUAGUAAUGGAAGUUACAUCUUGAGACUAAAACAUAAUAAUUUUGUUUAUAUUAAAGGUCCAGUGUGUAACAUUUAAGAGGCUCUAUUGUCAGAAUAUAAUAUUCAUAGGUAUGUUUUCAUUAGUGUAUAAUCACCUAAAAAUAAGAAUCGUUUUUUUUUGUUACCUUAGAAUUGUACCUACAGACGCUGUGGGUCGCCUUCCACCGAGUCCACCAUGUUGAACCGCCAUGUUUCUACAGUAGCCCAGAAUGCACAAACCAAACACUGGCUGUAGAUAGGGCCUUUUUGCGUUUCAAGUUUCAUGGCCACUGUAGUUUCUCCUACACACUUUCACCCAUUCUCGUUCCCUUGUCAUCAAAUACAGAGUGGUGUUCAGUUAGUUCCUACACACUGGUCCUUUAACAUUAUUUUCCACCAGUUUAAGGUUUACCCUCCAGUCGUAGUCUAACUGACAAGCACAGAUACCAUCAGUACAUUUGGGCCAGGAAAUGUUAAGCUAGAGAGUCAAUUUGAUAUCAGGCCGGAAGACUCCCAGGAGACAUGCACAGAUUAUAUUUCGUAAGGCUUGUACAGAUAAUUUCUUUUCGAUAUGAAGACCAUUUAUUGAAUAGCAUUUGUAUUAUCUCAACAGCAGCCCACAGCAUCUUUAAUCUGAUAUGUAACAAUGUUCUUGGCAGUGGCUUAGAAUGGUCUAGACUGCUGGUGCCUCAUUCAGCAAAAGAGGACAAGUAAUACUUUGGCUCAAACUGUUAUACUACUGUACAAUGAACAAGCUAUAUAUCACAGAGUUUGUGAAAAUGUCUUUGAGAAACUGGGGGCCAGACAUCAAGACAUGAGCAGAUGCAUUCAACAGACCCAUCCAGAUCUGUUUUAGCCAUUUCCGUCACGGGUAGGUUUUAUCCGGAGCGAGCUGUUUACGACCUCUGUGUGUGUGCGAGUCUAAGACGACAGAGCGGGGGCAGCUGAUGGGUAGACAGGUCAGCGUCUACAGAGCAGUGGCAUUUCUCUAAUUGGCACUUGUUAUGGCGUAUGAGUCAGUGCUUUAUUGUUCGUGCUUGACGUAAUCCAUCAUAGCAUCAGCACUACUCCACAAAAUGUCACAGUUUGCUCUCCUUCACACAGUUGUUUCAUAGAUUUCUGAUAUCUUAUUUUAGUGUAAAAUUUGAAACAAGUCGGUGAAAAAUAACGUUUCUGUUCCUCUUCUUUUCUUUUCUCAACGUGCUUUAUGAUAGUCAUAUAUUUCUCUGCCAAUGUGCUGUGUUUUCAUAGUAGAAAAAACCCGUUAAAUCAAUUGCCUCAGUUUAUGGACUCGAGCCCUUCUAGCUUUGCCUAAUAUUGUAAUGUUUCUUGAUAUGAUCUUGUAUCCCUUCCAACUGUUAUGAUAGCACUGAAUUUCCAAUUUUUUAUUGAACAUUUUGUAUUUGUAAUAAUAGAAAUGUUUGAGAAAAUGUUCUGGUGAUUGAUAUCAACAGUUGUUAGUUCAAGACAAGUCUAUUAUGAGUUUCUUCUUCUUAGAUUUUAGAUCAUUAUCAAGAAUCACAAUAAUGAGUGACCCAGUGUGUAAUAAAGUAAACUGAAAUAGCAUACAGUAUUUCCAACACAAAUUGUCUUUUCUUUUGUUUCAACAAGUCUGAAAAUCAACGGCAGAAAAGAGUUUGUUGUUUUUUUUUCUCCCAUGGGAUGUGAUGUGUUAUCAGUUCUGUGACAUGAUUUUCUUUUCUUUGAUUAAAAGACUUAUGCAAAAUGA